UAGUUGCUGGACCUCCGUCCUGCGUCCAUACUCAUAUACUACCGGUCCACCGCAAAAGGGCUUCCGCUUGUUUUUGUUCUCUUCGGUUAAUAAUAUAUCGGGGACGGGGAGGAAAGUUGUUACGCGCUGUUAACCUAGGUUUGUUGGCACCCGAAAAACUCGCGUACGUCGCCGUCGCCGUCGCCCCGAGAUGGCCAAGGAAGGGGACGACCCGUCGGACUUGGAGACGGGGUCCAUGCCCGGGUCCGUAGUCAUCGUUGUCGUUGCGCUGCCAGCAAACUUCGGCGCCCGGCCAAGGUCCUCCGCUGCCGCCGGCGGGGGAGAAGACGACGACGACCGCGAGAUGCCGAACUACGUUUGGGUGCCUCUGCAGCUGCUGCUGACGGCGGUCGCGUGCUGCCCGCUGCUGGCGCUGGUUCUGACGCGGACGGACUGGGUGGAGAAGAUCGUCUUCUCCGCCGUUCUGCUGCCCACCGUCGUCGGUGUCUUCUUCUUUCUGCGCGCCGUGUGCAAGAGGCCGCGCAUGGCCGUCAUUACCAGCAUGAUCAAGAAAUAGAGCCCUGGUCGGCUCGCUUCAGCAUCCGACGUCCACAUACAUGAGCACUAACCACAUCUACACAACACACAUUGUAUGCUUUUAAGUGUUAUAUAAGAGAGACCUAGACACGUGCUGUCUACUAGGUGUAUGAUUUGAUGUUUAGGGGUACCAACCCAUGCGCGUGUGGUCGUGCUUGUGUGUUUGUUAAUAGAUGUGUAUAAUUUUUUUCCUUUUUAUGUGUUAUAAGCUUCAGAGUGAAGAUUGCUUCAACCAAAACAAAAAGAGGAUAUGUUGAAAUCAUUAUUACUGCAAGAA